AUUGGUGGAAGAACGCUCCACUCGGAACAGGUUUGAACAGCCACCACGAAUACAAAAUCGUAAUGUCGAUACCGGAGGUAAAUUUGUCGCAGUGAGGCCUAGCCUACGCUAUUUUUACCCGUUCGUUUAGUGUUCAGUUCAGCAUGGGAGACAAGAGUCACAGAUUUGCCUGAUCUUCAGUGAUCAGUGAUCGGACGAAGCGGCGGUUGAACCUAGCAGACGAUUCUCGAAAGACGUUCCUAGUGUUUACAUUUAUAAACGUGUCAACACGAACAAGGUUUGAGAAUGGAACCCACGCCGCCUGUCUCCUCUAACCUAGAGGUGUCCCCUGGUGCCUCUUCCUCCUCCUCGGAUGCCUUACCACGUACCCCGUGGUCUCGCCGGUUCCUCAUGCUGUUUGUCCUGCUCCAGUCCAUGCAUGUGACCAGCAGCGUUACAGGGGAAGAGACGCCUGAGGCUGACCAGAGAGUGACCGCUGACGUGCUGGCCUCGCCCGAGGACGAUGCCCUGGCCAAGGUCCAGUUGCCGCGCAAGCUGCCCAGUAUCGUGGAGAUCAAGAAGUGCACCACUUCAACCCCCUGGACUCCAUCUUCCGGGGCCAUGUGCUGCAGUGCUCCAUCUCCCUGGCCUGCCUGGUGGCCUGGGCCAUGUGUCUGUACCGCUUCAAGGAGGCCGUGGGCUGGGCCGUGUUCCUGUACCACUACGGGGUGCCGCUCUUCAUCUUCGGCACCUACACAGUGAUCAUCACCUUCCUGCACCACACGGAGGAGGACAUACCUUGGUACAGCCAGGACUUGUGGGACAAUGUGCGAGGACAGCUGUCCUCCGUGGAUCGAUCCUACGGCUGGUGCCACUACAUCAUUCACAGCAUUGGCACGCACCAGGUCCACCACCUGUUCACCAAGGUGCCUCACUACCACCUGGAGGAGGCCACCGCUGCCUUCCGAAAGGCCUUCCCCAAACUGGUCAACAUCCGCUCCGAUUCCAUCCUGCCCGCCUUCUGGCGUAUGUUCAAGAAGUACGAUAAGCAGAGUGUAAUUGCUGACGACGCUCCCAUCCAUUUUUACAAGUAGUAGAUACACUCACUCGUUCGCUUCCUUCUCCUCCUCCAGCAAACCUCUACCCAAUCCUCAGUACAGGUACAGAUUCCCUGCUCUUGACACUCCCCGCCCAUCCAAUCCCUAAAACAAGGAUAUUGUACUGCAAGAUGGAGGGUUCCUCUAUUUGAGAACGUUAAAAAAACCCACGACAAAACGUCCUACAAAAUGUGAGAGGUACCAUUCAUAUUGCAGUGAGUUGAUACUAUUUUUAGGAAGUGAUAAACAACUCGUUUAUAUUUAUCUGUGUUCUAAUAGAACUUAUGUUUUAUACAUGAAAACAGUACUGGUGGUGACAUCUACAAAAGUGUCCAUGGGUUUUCAUGGACACUUUUUUUUAACAAGAGAGUGAACCACCUUGACCAAUUCCUCGCCCCCCCCCCCCGAUAGCUGAGAUAGGGCAGUUUUAAGAAGUAACCAUUUCUAUAGUACUGAAGAUCUUUUUUCCCUCUUUUCCAUAAAAAUCAUCAGCACAAAGGCUGUUUUUUUAAGAAUAUAUGUUAACCCGAUGGACCCUAGCACAAGCCUGAGAAAGUGCGAAGUGUGUUGUUGAGACUGUGCCAAGUGUGUUGUUGAGAAUAUAUGUUUAGUCUGUUGUUGAUAAUGUGAUAUUAAGUCAGAUGUUGACCUGUUGUUGAGAAUUUGCUGCAAAGUCUAUUUUUGAGAAUGUGCUCGUAGAGCCUGUUGUUGAGAAUGUGCUUUUAACUUUGAAGCCUGUUGUCGAGAAUGUUGUUAAAAUACUACUAUUCGUGUUAAGCUUGUUGUUCAAAGUUAAGUUUAGCCAAUUUUGUCUCAUCUUCUUGAGCAACAGCGUUGAGCAUCGGUCGCACCCACUGCCUCUUGUUUGUAUUUUUUCUUUCAGAUGCUGCAUAUUGUUACUACAAGAUUAGCUGGGUAUUAGUCCUCCCCCCCCUCUUUUCUUUUUUAUUGACAUACAAACAGCUGUUUCAUCGUUCUAGAUGCUUUGUCCCACAUUUUUGGCGUCCAGACUUAGCCUUGUGUGUACAUCCUGUGAUGGCAGUGAGUCUGAGCUGUGGCGCAAUGUAUUGAGCUGUAGCUUGACACUCUUGAUAGAGAAGACUGACAUCAUUUUAUCUUGUAGGGCCUAGACUUUGACUUUGAGAAUCAUUCCUGAUAUAUAUUGUGUAAUAUGAGCAUUUGCCAAAACGUGGGGGGAAAUCGUACGCUAU